AUGUUCGUCUUCAACGGCCAACGCGAACUGGUGGAGGCUCGCAACAUUCGACCUGGCGACACCUUGUUGAGUGCGGUGAGUGGGGCGCCGGCUUCCUCCGUGCACCACCCCGCAUGCACCCCGUCAAGGCGGCGCGGCGUGUCAUUUCACUGGUGACUUGCUGACGAAUUCGAGCGCAUGUACACAGGACGGCGAGUCGCAGCUGGUCACGUCCGCUCGCGUCGUGCCGGCGCACGAGAUGAUCGCAUUUCACUUAUCGCUCGACGGGGAGCCGUUCCAUGUCGAGAUGCCUGCGAAAGAUAUGCUUCUGGUUGGGAGCAUGCCUGGCACUCGAGUACCCGUAGAGGAAGCAUUCGCUGCUGCGAAGCGCGCACAUGUGAGUUCUGGCCGAUGCCGCUUUUUCAGCGCCACCUCCACGCUGACGUACCGCGCUCCCCUCGAGCAGCACGAGCAGCAAAUCACCUCUGGCAGUCACACGCAGGACGACGGGCAGCAUACAACUGCGUCUGACAUCGGCACUCGAAGCAACGAGCAGCAUGCGGCCGGCGAGCGCAGAAAGGAGCACGAGCCAGGUCGCAGCGGCAAUGUCAUCAUCCCGCGUGUUGCGCCGCCCUCGCACACGAGCGGUAGUCUCGCGCAGCAACUCGAUGACGACUCGCUGGGAUUUAUCGAAUCCGACAAGAGCAUGUACCUGCAAGCCAUCGUCGUGCGCAACGUCCUUCCGACACUUGCCGAGCUGGGUUGGGAUGCGCUGCAUUUCGGCGAUACUAGCGCGUAG